UGAUUUGUGGUGGGGAGGGCGCUGGACAUCUGUAGUCCGUGCAACAAUGUAGGUGAUAGAGCUCCGGUGGUGAGAUAGCACAGCAUGUUCGAUCAGAGGGCCGAUUGUCCUCUGUAAUUAAAAAAUUGAGUAAAGGAAUCAAAGCUCAACUUGAAAGGAUGUCAUGUGACUCCACCCAGACCAAACUAAGGGAACAAUACCAAAGAAAUAUUUAAAGAAGUGGUAUAAUGGUCAGCAUAUUUGCCUCGUAAACAAGGAGACCCUGGUUCGAGUGUCGGCCGUGAAACAAAUUUUAAUUCAUUUCUUCAGCUUCCAUUAUUAUCGAAGAUAAAGAUGAGGCUGAAAUGUGUUGUGGAAAAUUUAAGUAUGAAAUCAUAUCUUAAUUCAUACGUCGGCUUCGUACGGACUUCAUCGCCACAAAAUGGAACUAUCACGUUUUCCAAUCAGUCGCUGAUGCUUCUGUAAUAACACUGUUUGAGCAGGGCUCGAAAUACACCACUUGUUCUCGGUCAAUGCCCUCCGCCAACCAGCUGCGCCGUGCCCACCACACUUCAAGCUUGUCCUACUCCAGUCGAUAAUCACCUCUCUCGCCGCCGGGUGCCGCGUCAAAAAGCCUGCCGAAGCUUGCCAACCCGAAGACAGGUCAAUUUGCGUGAUGCAGCUAUCGGUAAGUUCCGACGAGGCACAACACCAAUGCACUCGGGUGGCCUUUCGACCUGUCAUUUGCAUACCCACCGAUGGUGUGCACGUGUACGAAGUUACACUGUCAUUCGAAGGUACGUUCGGGGUGGUUCAUUGUGUACUGUGAGGCAGUGAGAGACGGCGGUGUGUUGCAGGGAGUGGCGGCUCGGCGCGUGAUGGCACGGCUGUCGCCGCGGCGCGGGCUGGUCCUGCUGGCGGCGGCCUCCUUGGCCGUGCUGGUGUGUCUGCAGCAGAGGGAGCUGCCCUGGAGGCUCGCCGACGCCCCCGACGCCGGGCACGCGCCGCCGCGGCCGGUGGUGGGUGACGUGACCGCGGGGGCGGGUACCCCGUGGUCGGAAGAGUCGGCGGCGGCGGCUGCGUACGACCCGGCCAGCUCGGCGCGCCUCUGGCCGCACCAGGCGCCCGACUCGGACCGCAUCACCGAGCAGCUCAUGUUCGUCCCACCGCCCUCCGACGAGCCGCCCAGGAUACGCAAGGUGCUGGUGUACAAUGGACUGGGGUCGUGGUCACCGCUGCGCGCUGGUCGCGACGCGUUCCAACACUGCCCUGUCAGCAGCUGCACCAUCACCACCAACAAAGCUGAAGCCUCGGACGCAGACGCCAUCCUCUUCAAAGACCACUUCGUCAACCCAGGCGUCCAUCGCCCCGCCAGGCAGGUGUGGAUCCUGUACUUCUUGGAGUGCCCGUACCACACGCAGCACGUGAAGCACAACGACGUGUUCAACUGGACGGCGACGUACCGGCGCGACAGCGACAUCGUGGCGCCGUACGAGCGCUGGGCCUACUACGACGACCGCGUGCGCCAGAAACCGCAGGCCGACUUCAACUACGCCGCCAACAAGACCAAGAAGGUGGCUUGGUUCGUCUCCAACUGCGGGGCGCGCAACAAGAGGCUGCAGUACGCGCACGAGCUGCAGAAGCACAUCCAGGUCGACAUCUACGGCGCGUGCGGGACCAAGAAGUGCCCGCGCUCCAAUGCCAACAAAUGUCUCGAAAUGCUCGACAGGGACUACAAAUUCUACUUGGCAUUCGAGAACUCGAACUGUAAAGACUACAUUACGGAAAAGUUCUACGUCAAUGGACUUAUGAGGAAUGUUCUGCCUGUAGUUAUGGGAGCAAGACCUGAAGACUACGCACGAAAUGCUCCAGAGCGUUCCUACAUCCAUGUUGAUGAAUUUGCCUCCGCUAAAGAACUGGCAGCAUACUUACAUCAACUUGACACAGAUGAUGAGCUGUAUAAUUCUUAUUUUCGUUGGAAGGGCACUGGAGAGUUCAUUAACACAUACUUCUUCUGUCGUCUUUGUGCACUCCUUCAUGAUGAUUUCCCAGCCAAAGCAUAUCGUGAUAUAAAUGAGUGGUGGCGAGGUCCAGGAACUUGUACUAGUGGAUCUUGGCGAAAGGUUACUCAUGAAUAAUGAAAUUUGAGAAAAGGUGAUGAUUUAAAAGAGAAUCAGUUUCAUAUUACUAGCUGAUAACAUGUCUCCAUGUUAAGUAUUACAACAUGCUGCAAAAUGUGGCUGUCACCUGCAUCUUGUUAGAUAGAUAGUCAUAUCAUUCUGGAGAGAAUAAUGAUAAUUAACCUGACAAAAUAACAUGUACAUAUUGUACAAAGAAACAGCAGAUGGAGAAUGUGCUAUUUAAUGUCUAAUAAGGUUAGGUCAGCUAUGGUGAAUGAAAUGGUUUCUUAUCUAAUGUAUGUGCACCUAUAUUAUAUUCAAUUUCUUUGAAAUUUGGCUUCACAGUGAGGAUGAACAAUACAGAUUUCAUUCCAGUAUAUCAGUGCAUUCCAUUCAGUUUAAUCUCUCUUCCAGUCAAAUUACGAGACAGCUUCAAUAUAAACACAGAAAUUUUUUUAUCCAUACUAUAAUCAUGAAAAAGAUGGUACAGCACUUUAAAAUUACACAAAAAUAAUAUUGAAGAGUAUAGGGGCAUGGAAAUGAGAAUAUAAAGUCACUCAUAACUUUAUGUCCAACAGACACACACUCUACAUGGUACAGGAUGUAUAGUGCCCCAUCAGUGGAACAUCGGCACAAGAGGUACAGAGCACUGAUUAGAUGUCGAAGUACUGUUAAAAUUGGAGAUGAUUAAUAGUUGGAUUAUUAUUGCCAAUGGCAGUCUUAAAAGGGAAGUAAAACUACAUGGGUAAACAAAAA